AUGACAGAGGUGCUCCUUGGACACGAUUUAGUAAGGUCUCCACUCGAUCCGGAAAAAGUGUCGGAGAACUCGCUGAAGAAUGGAGCACCACGUUCUGAAUUCUUUCUGAUGACCGGUGACAAAAUGAUCAGUUUGAACCACAAAAUAUCUCCGCGAUACGCUGAGAUGCAUUGCGAACAACUGCCACCAACGACGGAAAAGGCAGAUUUACUUGCCCCUAGAAGACCGUUUGACGAUUUUCCUUCAGCAAUACAAGAAAAAUCAAGAAAUAGGAGGUUUAAUCCAGAAUCUGCGGUCCCUGCAUCACAGUCUGAAAAUGGACUCCAUGAAAAAGAGUACCUGCAGGAUAUCGGAAUGGACGAGAAAAAUUCCUCAGUGACGGUGAACAUAGAUAGGAAUAAUCUAAGUUGUGCAGCAGAAGCAAGUGGAUCCCUGGCAACUGUUUCUAGUGUUUUGUCAUCACACUGUAGCAAUUCUGUGGCAGCUCCACAUAGUUCAGCGAUUGAACGUCAAAAUGCUAUUGUGGCAAAAUUGUUCGAAAUUAGUCGAAAUUAUGACAGAAGAUCAGAAUUCGAUGUUGAGGCACCUGUGCGUCUUGCUAAACGACUGUUCGUAUUAGAUGGCUUCAAAAGAGAAGAUGUUGCAGCUCAUUUAUCGAAAGAGAAUGAAUUUGGUAUAUCCGUUGCCGAGGAAUAUUGCGCCUUGUUCAAUUUCUCCGGCAUUCGCCUGGAUGCAGCACUACGUGAUUUCCUUUCGAGAUUUUGCCUUACGGGUGAAACUCAGGAAAGAACUCGUAUCACUGAACAUUUCGCAAAGCGUUAUUACGAGUGCAAUCCAACACUUUUUAGAAAUACCGACCAGGUUCAUGCACUUACCUGUGCCUUACUGCUGCUAAACUCGGAUUUGCAUGGUCCGAAUGUUGGGAGACGGAUGUCUAGUCGUGACUUCGUAGAUAAUCUAGGUCACACAGAACAUGUUUUCGACUGCUCUUUAUUGAAGACUUUGUAUGCAGCUAUCAAGGAACAACCUAUCAAAUGGGUUGGCGAAUUGGGAGGGACGUCACCUAAUGAUGUAUCAGUAGCGGACGAUAUUAUUUCACAGAUCCAUGAAAAAAAGAUGCUAUCAAAAUCACGAUCGACAGUGAGUGGUGAUGAUCAGAUUGAGUAUAAAGCUGGUUGGGUUGUGAGGAAGUACCUUUUUGAUAGAGACGGAAAGCGAACUCCGUUUGGCCGCCGCGGUUGGAAGAUGGUUUAUGCACGACUUCGAGGAAUGGUUCUUUACUUGCAUAAGGAUGAAAACGGUUUUCGAUGUGGGCGUUACCAGACAUUCAAUAAUGCUAUCCUUCUGCAUCAUGCACUAGCCGAAAGGCCUGAAGAUUAUAGCAAGCGACAGCAUGUAUUCAAACUGAGGACAGCUAAUCUCGGUGAAACACUUUUUCAAACGAGUGAUCCGAGCGAAGUGCAACAGUGGAUUAACACGAUUAAUUACGUUGCUGCAGCAUUUUCUUCGCCGGCAUUACCAGCGUCUGUUUCAAAUCAGAUUGAAGUUUUCCACAAACCGCUACUACCUAGCGCACCGUCAGGCCUGUCAAUAGCCGAGCAGCUAAGAGUGCACGAGAGAAAAGAGGAAGAAAUGGUGUUAAAGCUUGAGGAGCUUAUGAAAACAGCACCAUCUUUGAAAGCCAAAGGCCAUGUUGUGCAAGAUUUUUUCUACAAGGAACGUUUUUUAUACCAAGAAAGAGAACGUUACCAGCGUUACGUCGAAAUUUUGCGUGAAAACCUUAACGCACUCUCACCAUCACAUUCCACGGCAAUACGUGAAGAGCCCGUCAUAGGAAUUUAUCGAGUGGGAGAUGCAGGAAGGUCAUCCAGUUCUACCCAAAGUAAAAUGUUUGAAUGUACAAAUAUAGUGAAAGAGGAGCCAGAGGCAGAAGCAAAGGCCGAAAAAGCUGAAGAAGAAAAUUCCGAUUUAGAAUCCUAUGAUUCAGACAUAAGCGCAGACCGCUGUAGUUACCAAGAAGCAAUACUCAGAAUCCAGGUCCCCAUUUGA